UACCACAAGAAGAAGAGCAGGCACGUACUACGAGAAGAAGUGCAGCUCCUAGUACAUCAGAAGAACAGAAGCUGCACUUUUUCAAGAUGGCGGAAGCGUUAGAAGACACCGGUGAGUUCCUUCGGGAGCCGCUGGUGGAACGACGCGAUGACUUCCUGGAUGACGAAUUCGAUCUGCAACAGAUGCAAAAUGGUUUGAGCACUAUAGUCGGGAAGAUACCAGAAUACAGCAAAAUGGAGGACCAUCUGAUCAAUGCGCAGAAAGCACAGGAGGCCGAAACACGGGAGCGACCGACCCCAGAACAAGCUCUGCUGAACUGCAUUCAAAAUUAUGCUCUAGCAUUAUUUCACUCUCCUCAUUAGAAGCUGAAGUCUGUACAUGAUUGAGGUAGACGAUGAGGCUGAGAGGCUAGGAAAUAAAGGAAUGCCCAUUCAGAUUCACACCCCAUGAUAAUCCUCCUCUAACAAAGAGUGUAUUCGAAAAAUUUGAAGAGCAAAACGCAAAUCGCAAUGCAGAAGUUCGUUAUAGAUUUUUUAGCGCCGAAAAAGCCAGUGGGAAGCGGGAGCUUCACGGAAAGGAGUACUCAUCAUGUUUCACUUGUACUUGUAGAAAAAGAUUUAAGACUUAAAUAUAGUAUGAUGAUCUUCACCGCGUCUUGGUCUUCUACUUAGCAGGAGGUGAAGUAGAUUCAAUCUUCAGUACUAAAGUUUAUUGAGUUUUUUUGUUUUUACGAACAACGUUGCUUAUCAUGCUGAUGCUUCUCUCUGGUUUUCUCACUCACUCAGGAGCCGACGUCCGAGCGCAGGAGGUCGAAGCUGAGCACCGGUUUUGGAAAAUGUACCACGUUAAUGUGAGAAAGGCAGACUCGUUUCACGAGAGGGUUAUCGUGAAGAAGUGGCCAAAAUGGCGGACGCGGAUGAAGGAACUAGCCAAGGACUACAGACCUGCGGCACACACGCAUACAGAAAGUGGGAGAGAGAGGGAAGAGAAGUUGCUGUACCUCAGAGGCAUGAAAAGCGUUCG